GGUGAUUGAUUAUAUACGGUGGAUCCCCCCCACACAUUUGCCAUUCAGGUAAAAAAAAAAAAAAAAGGGCAGUUUUUCCCGUAUCUUAUUCACCGUAAGAGGGUAAUAAUUUAUAAAUAUGCGAUAAUACAGGUAAAAUGUACAGCAGACAUGUUCCAUUGUUAAAAAAAAGACCACCAUUUUUACAUGCUAGUGUCUUUAUGCUUCACUGAUUCACUGAUUAUUUCGUAAAGUGUUGAGAUUUCCCACUUGGUUCGGCGGUCCUACAACACACCAUUGUUGCAAAAGUGAAACUUAUACAGUAGGGGGUGUCGUGAGAUCUUGUGGGAGUAAAACGUGACAAGAUUUCUCGUUUGGAGGAUAGGUGUAUCGUGAGAACAGGGCAGCCACAAGCCAACCAAGACUGUCAACUACGGCAUGGCUACAAUGAAUGCUAAUACAUGGAAGUGGCAGUGUGCAAGGCAUUAUUGGAAGUGCACAUUAAGUGCUUUAUGCACACCUUGCAAUCCAACCUACUUUGGUGUUCCCAGCGUCAGCGAGUGACGUGCGGCUGUUUUUUCCCGUCAAAGUUGAACAGCUGCUUGCUACUUGUUGAUGUCCAAACAGAAGCUGUAGUAAUUCUACAUUUCAUCAACUUUGCUUCAAAAUUGUUCGAUGAACCCAAGUAGAUGUUCGGACUUGUCGGCACCCUUAAUCACCGAGCGUUUCUAUUGAUGCUGAUUGCAUUUGGCACAGCGCCAACUUUCACGUACUGGCGAUCAUCGGUUCCAUUUCAUAACACACCUAAUACAUCGCAGAGAUGGUGCAAGGGAGCGCAUGUAAUUAAAUACAAGCCAUCAACAAAGAUGAAGAAUCCGCCAAGCAGGCACUCAGGAGUGAGCGCCACCUCCGUAACGCCAUGCAAUGCACGUCUGAAAGCUGUAAAAAACCUUCCACACUGCAACCCACCUGCUGACCAAGAAGGUAGAGCUUGGACACAAUCCUCCGUUGCCUUGCUGCACCACGCCUUCCUGGCAAAAUGCACGGGUGUCCAAGGUGUGGCGUAGGGGCCAUCUGUGGAACGUGGUUCAAUGGAAGUGCACAAAUAGAGCAAAAAGGCAUAAUGUAACUACAAAAAGCCAAAAUGUUGAUACUAUUAAUUGGUCUAAAAAAAUGUUGACAGUAAUAUCUUUGAGCGUAAAUUUCAGAACGCACCUGCAUUGUUUUGUAACUCCGUUGAAUAAAAAAGCCUUUUCUUAAAAUUAGUGUUAAAAUCUCGCCUCGUCUCGUUCUUGUGGACCCAAUCUUGUGCAUCGCAAUUUUCCCCAUAGGAAAAUCAUCAAUGAAUCUGUUCAACCAAUAUCCAUCCAUCCAUUUUCUAUGCCGCUUCUCCUCAUUAGGGUCAUGGGGGCAUGCUGGAGCCUAUCCCAGCAGACUUUGGGCGACAGGCGGGGUACACCCUGGAUUGGUUGCCAGCCAACAACCAUUCACACUCACAUUCAUACCUAUGGACAAUUUAGAGUCUCCAAUUAACCUAACAUGCAUGUUUUGGCAUGUGGGAGGAAUAUAUGAACAAAAAAUAUUUCAUAGAGAAUAAUUAUACUGUAGUUUCAAGUGCAGAAAACAAUAUGAAAUAAUUCUAAAUGAGGAAUGGAUGGAGGUUAUUGUUGAAGCACACUUUCUGUGCGUCCUGGUGAGACUGAAUGUUUUCUUUGGUCCCAUGGCGGGUUAUUUAGCAGUCACACGCAAUCAAAAAUGUUACAUACAGUGAGUCAACAACACAUAGGGUGCUUUGUUUGAGUACUUAUUUUUCCAUGAAACAGUACAGCACAGGGUAAAUGGACUAGUUUGUUAAUUGUGAAAUAUUGCAGGAAAACCGAGGAAUAUUUUUUGAUGCUCGCCAAAUCAUAGAAAAAAUAGGCUUCACGAAAACCGAGGUUUGACUGUACAGUGGAACCUUGGUUAGCGUCUGCCCCGGUUAGCAUGUUUUUCAGUUAACGUCAAAAUUUUGCCUCCAGUUGCAUACAUAUUUCGUUUAGCAUACAAUACAGCGCAUGUCUUGUUGUGUUAUUAAUACACUGCGUGAGUCCAACUGUGUUCGUCAUGUUUUUUUUGUUUUUUUUAAUCACAAAACGUCUUUAGCUUCUAAAAAAGAACCUGCUAAUGUAACCCAGGUUAACUGGAUGCUCAAAAGUAAAAGUCUGUUAAUAAAAACAGCAAUAAAUACUUUGUAUAAAGAAACACUAUGAGGCAAUAUGGUUAUAUAAUCUGUAAAUAUGUGUAUAAUAAUUUAUGUUGUUUAAAACCUGUUAAAAUGUGAAAAGAAUGUAAAUUCAUUGGUUAUUGUAAUUUACGUUUGAAUUACGGAAAUGUGACUUUAUUUUGAAAGGGUACGUUGCUACGUAACCCAUGUGACUAGCUCCAUUUCCUGCAGAGGAGGGAGAACAUUCCACAGUCAGCACAUAGUGCGCAGCAGAAGGAGAAGAGCAGGAAACUUUCCAGAAAAAUAUGAAAACGUGUCUAAAUACUAUAUUUGUUGAAAGUGCAAAGAAGGUAAUUUUGAUUUUCCACCAUGUUCCUGUUUUGGAGAUGUUUUAUUUUCUCGAACGGGACUUGGUGAGUGAAGGAAAUGUAUUUUAUUUUGUUUGAAAGUGAUGUGAGAUAAUAUAGUGGUUAUGUUUUGUGGUGAAGUUAUGGUGUAUUUUCAAUAGUUAACAUACUAUACUGUUGCAAGUGUAUUGUUCCUUCCGUCAUUUCGGCUACGGCACUUAACGAGCACUAAUUAAGAGACGAAAGUGACGUGUUCUUUAUUGUAACACUACCCACUGGUUUAUUUGAUAUAUUUAUGCAUAUUUCAUGUUGUUUAUGAUAGGUCAAUUAGAUUGGGUUGAAGAACUAUCGAGAUAGAUCGACAUAAGAGAUCAUGUGCAGGAGCGCAUGUGCUUGAGAUAAAGAUGGCGAGCCACCCACGGAACCUGUGAACUGCGCAUGCGGCAGGACCAGUUCAGGAGCAACAAGCCCUCUGCUGACCGGUGCAUGGUACUACAACUGGUAGGAUUAUCCAUUCUUUCUGGAAAACUGCAGUGGACCAAGGAUAAUCAAAGGACUAACAAAUAGAAAAGAAAGAAAAAGACUUAAUUUGGUUAUUCAGUCUUUUGCUGAAUUAUUUUGAAUUUGGUACAUUGUUCUAUUCUUUUGGUAUUUUCCUUAAUUAUUGUAAAAGGGUUAUUUUUGCAAUAAGUGAUUUGUAUGUUUGUAAACAAACUAACAAAUGUAAAAUUCCAAAAACUAACUUGAAGGGAACCAGAAUAGAACUAAACUUGGUUUACUUUCAACCAAGUAGUUAAUUAGAAUUUGAUCAAGAACUAACACGAACUAAACAAAAGGUUGCAACCGAGUACUAAACCAACAACGGAACUAAACAUUCGCCAUAAUACCAAAUCUAGUGGUAAUAUAGUGCUAAACUUAAUUCUUUAAACUAAAAUAAGGUUUAAACAAAAGAGGUAGAAAGGUUUAACUCAACUGGAAGUGUGUGUUAUAUGUUUGUAUGUUAUGUGUAAAUGUUUUUGUCCAUAUUUGUACUUUUUCAAUAAUAAGCCGGCAGUUCAACUUAUUCUUGGUCUGUGUUUUUUUAUGUCUGCUAAGCCAAAAAAUUAGUCCAGUAGCCGAACCUGUACUGGUCCAUCAUAUCCCCUUGUCCCCUUAUCCCUAAUAAAAUAAAUCACACCUGCGCUGAGCCGGAGGAUCCGAUUGGCUGUCCAUCAAGACACAGGCGGUCUUCGACCCACAUUAAGGCCCUUACUGGUUCCCGACUGCAGCACAAUAACUAUCAGAUGACUUCUGUGGGAAAAGGCUCUAAAAAACAAAAAAAGAAUGCAAAGACCUCGUCUCCUUCAACGCCACAAAACUGCCCGUUUAGACUUUGCCAGAUGAAUCUGGACCAGAAGUGAUCAACGAGAACUUGACUAUGUCUCCAUCGACGACUCCCAAGACUGUUCCUUGUGUCAUAAACGGCUUGAGGUAGUGAGGCAUCAUAACGUCCCAUCAAUAGAAUGUUAGGAGUGAUGGGAUCUGGAUCAGCCGCCCCAUGAAGGGAUUGCACUGUAGCCUGUAUUAGGUCCUUCCAUGUGGAGAACAGGCUAACAUCAAGUAGUUGUGGGCAUGUACUAACUGUCACAUUUCCACAGAAUGAAGCUUUCCUCAGCUCAACAUCAUGUGACUCCGGACAGGCUGUCGGACUGGUUGGCCAACGGUCCUCAGUGUGGCGCAGGAAGUCAGGGCCUUGGUGCCAACGGUGUGGUCUGGCGAGCUCCUUCAAGGUCUUGCCCCGAGUGAUGUCAUCGGCUGGGUUGUUUGCACUAUCCACAUACCUCCAGUUGCUCACGUCGGUAAGAUUCUGGAUCUCAGCCACACGUGUUCCCACAAAGACCUUGUAGUGGCAAGAUUCUGACCUGACAGUGGUGGAGUCUGACCAGAGGAUGACCUUUCCGAUGGGUAUGGUGAGCUCGGUUUGAAGGACACGGACGAGUUGAGCACCAGUGAGUGCAGCACUUAGCUCUAACCGUGGCAUGGAUAGUUGCUUCUUUGGCGACACACGGGAUCUAGCCAGAACGAAGGAAACAUGGACUCCUUUAUGGAGGUCUUCUGUGCGUAGAUAAGCAACAGACCCGUAGGCUCUCUCAGAAGCGUCACAGAAGAUAUGGUCGUUGUUUGACGUGGAACAAUCCACGCAUGGUGGUGCGUAGCAUCUGGGAAGUUCAAUCUUUAUGUCAGGAAUCUCCUGUUCCCAGGCUAACCAUCGGUCGCGAAGGCUCUGUGGCUGGAUUGGGUCAUCCCAGCCUAUUUGUUCCUUCCAAAGAUCUUGAACUAAGAUCUUGGCCCUCGUGGUGAAUGGUCUAAGUUUAUACUUUAGGGAGUCACGGAGGCAAUCCCAGUGCAACCCAAGAGUUGGCUCCUGAAGAUCUGUGCUGGAUUGGGAAAGCCAUAACUCACUGCUCUCGGAUCUGGAGUCGCAAGGUUCUCCAGAUGGAUCAGCAGAACUGGAAGCUGCUCGGCGUGGCCGGGCCGGACCAGAGACGCUUCUCGUCCAUGCCCUUCAAGCCCCCGCCCACCACGGAGCAGCGCCGCAGCCCUGGAAGCCAUGGUGACGGUGGCCGUAUCGUUGUGAAGAAGAGCAAAGUGAGGUUUGAUGACGGCGAGGACUCCACAUCAAUGGCAACGGCGCUGAAGGAGCAGCUGAGCUCCCUGCAGGAGGAGCAGAGGAAGAAGGAGAGCUGCUGGUCGUGCACGCACGCUCGCCUUCGCCAGCAGAUUGACUCUCUCAGCCAGGAGAACUUCGAGCUGAAGGGCGAAUUGGUCAUGUUGGAGAUGCUUCGUCUCAGAGCAGAGAGGGACACUACAGAAACCAGUAAGAUGCAGAGGGAAUGCAAACUGCUGGAGAAACACCCCGCUGCUGUGCGAGCCAUGCCUGACAAGAAAGAACGGCGCUGAAGGAGCAGCUGAGCUCCCUGCAGGAGGAGCUGAGGAAGGAGGAGAGCCGCUGGUCGUGCACGCACACUCGCCUUCGCCAGCAGAUUGACUCUCAGCCAGGAGAAAGCUCGAGCUGAAGGACCAAGUGCCUACUUCAUG